UGACAAAUUCGAUAAGAAAAUGAGAUAAGUGCUUCCUUUUAUUAAUAUCUCUCGUUGUGCUAAUGUGUAUGUAGUGUCAGUUAUUAAAAACGAGAAAAAAAUUCACGGGAAAUAUCCUAAUGAACGGGAACGUUGUGAAAUUGUAAUAUGUGAUUAAAUCGGAGAUAUCGCAAAGCCGUCGUCAUGACUAAUAACAACGUAAAAGUAACCGUAGUCGGCGAUGGAAUCGUAGGAAAAACUUGCAUGUUAAGUACUUACACAACGGGCGAAUUUCCUAAGGAAUACAUACCAACAGUAUUUGAACAUUAUGGACAAACAAUUACCGUCGAUGACACGCAUUACAAUAUGACCUUAUGGGACACUGCGGGGCAGGAAGAUUACGAAAGACUAAGGCCUCUAUCUUAUCCCAAUACAAACUGUUUUCUAGUCUGUUUUUCCGUGGACAAAAAUCUAGCAUCCUACGACAACGUACAUUUGAAAUGGGUACCGGAAGUUCGGCAUUUUAACCCCAACGUACCGAUUAUAUUAGUAGCGACCAAAACUGAUUUAAGAGACGACCCGAGCCUGGCUUGUUACUCGCCCGAGGAGGGCAAAAAGUUGAAGAGGAAAGUCAGGGCGCAAAGCUACGUGGAAUGCUCGGCGUUGAGGUACCAGGGACUGGAGGAAAUCUUCGUCGAGGCCAUCAGAGUGUUCACGAAGACCAAAUCCAAGAAGCCCAAGACGAGGCACUGUCAAAUGUUGUAGCCAUGGAGCAUGCGAAUAGUACGGAAAACGAUAUAUAAAUUAUAAAUAUAUUUAAUAAAGUCUUGUGAUAAAAUCAAUUCGGUCUUCUUUUAAGUAACUCUGUACUUUUAAUAAAGUUUAUAAUGAUAUUUUUGUAAACAGUAUUUUACUAGUAAACUAAUACGCA